UUAGUGUUUUAAUAUUUUAAUUUUAAUUUUUUUUCAAUAUGAGUGAUGAAGAUAUAAUAAUUAUGAGGGCAGCUUUUGUUUUCACAUCUUUGGUUUCUCGAUUAAAAAAAAAUAAAUCUAUUCAAAGAAGACGUUGGUGGCAACGAACAAUUUUCGAAAGUAGACGUCGUUAUAAUGGAAAUGAUUUACUAAAUGAUUUAAGACUGGAACAUCCCGGCUUCAAAAACUUUAUUAGAAUGUCAACAACAGAUUUUGAAUCAUUGCUUGAAGUUAUUGGUCCUAAAAUUGGGAAGGAUACAACUCACCUGAGGGAAACAAUUCCAAUAAACGUGCGGCUAGCCGUAACACUACGUUUUUUGGCUACUGGUGAUUCAUAUACAAGUUUAAUGUAUCUUUUUAAAAUUUCUAAACAAUUAAUAUCUAAUAUAGUACCAGAAAUAUGUGAAGCUAUAGUUGAUGCCCUAAAAUUAUAUGUGCAGAUGCCUAAUUCAUCAAUCGAGUGGGAAUUAAUCGCAAAUGACUUUAAUGAGCUAUGGAAUUUUCCACAAUGUGUAGGUGCCAUUGACGGUAAACACAUCGUGAUGCAAGCACCUUUUAAUAGUGGUACUGAGUAUUUCAAUUACAAGGGGACAUUUAGUGUUGUUCUACUUGCAGCAGUAGACGCACACUAUUGUUUUAUUUAUGCAAGUGUAGGGUGUCAAGGUAGAAUAUCAGACGGAGGUGUAUUUAAUAAUUCAAUAUUGGCAAAAAAAAUGUACGAUGAAUCUUUAAACCUACCAUCACCAAAAGAACUUCCAGGACAACAAGAAAAAUCCCCUUAUGUUUUUGUAUGCGAUGGUGCUUUUCCUUUGAAGGAAAAUUUAAUGAAACCUUUUCCAGGAAAUCAUUUACAAGGUUCACCACGACGAGCUUUUAACUACCGUUUAUCAGGGCACGGCGUGUCGUUGAAAAUGCUUUUGGCAUAAUGGCUUCAGUUUUUCGAGUCUUAAGAAAACCGUCAUUACUACAACCCGAAAAAACAAAUACUAUUGUUUUAGCGUGCGUCCAUUUGCAUAAUUUUUUAAGACGGAGCGAAUCAUCAAAAAAUUUAUAUUGUCCACCCGAUAUUUUUGACAACGAAGACUUAGAAAAUCAAAUUUUGAAAAAAGGAACAUGGAGAAGCGAUUUAUCGGAAACUACAUCAUUUUUACCAUUGAAAAAAUGUGGACGAAAAUCAGCAGCAGACGUAGAAGAAACUCGUGAACGAUUUGCUCGUUAUUUUGCAACUACAGGGCGUGUGCAUUGGCAAGAUGCAUUUGAAUAAAUUGUAUUUAGUUACCUACUUCUAUAUUUAAUUUUUAACUAUUUUAGUGUUGUCUAUUAACUAUCAAUUAUUAACUAAUAAAAACUAUCAAUUCAUUA